AUGCCGCGCCACCUGCUCCAGCAGUCCGUCGACCGCCUCGCCGCCUUGGCCGCGCCUCCGGCGGCCGCCAUGGCGCGCGGCGGGACGAGCGUGCACACGGACACGCUGCUCAUCCUGGCGGCGGUGCUCUGCUUCCUUCUCUGCGUGGUCGGGCUGGCCAUGGUGGCCCGGUGCUCCCGCCUGUGCAACCCCUCCGCCUUCUCCGUCGACGCGCCGGGGGCAGUCGCGGCGCCGUGCAAGGGGAUCAAGAAGAAGGCGCUGCAAGCGCUGCCCACGGUGUCCUGGCGGCCAGAGCAGAGGAACGAGGAGGAGGGGGAGCGGCCGGAGUGCGCCAUCUGCCUGGCGGAGUUCGCGGGCGGCGACGAGGUGCGCGUGCUCCCGACGUGCGGCCACGGCUUCCACGCCGCCUGCGUCGACGUCUGGCUCCUGUCCAACUCCACCUGCCCCUCCUGCCGCCGCGCCCUCGUUGUCGCGGCCGCUCAAUCGCCGGCGGUCACCGAGUCUCCCCCUCCUCAAACGUGCUGUGAGCGCGCUGACGCCGUCGCGGCUGCACAGGCCUCGGUCGGGUGGGUGUGGGUAAAGCAAAGCAUGGUCAAGUGGAGGGAGGCGUCGAUCACGCACGGCGGCGGCGAGGCGGUCGUGCUCACCCUCGUCGUGUCCCGUCGCGUCGCGUGGUGGCCGGCAUCCGGCAAAGGCCUCGGCCGCCGUCUCUGGCCCCGGCCGUUGCCGGCCGUCGGCACAGUAGCGUCUCCGCCGCAGCAACUUAAUUAG